AUGGCUUUCUCAAUUGAUUAUGUUCCAAAAGGAAGUGAAGACACACCAUUUACAGUUGCUUUGUUUGGCAACAAUGAACUAGAGAUGGUAGUGAUUGUACGUAUUAGUGCACUUGUGCGUAAUGCAAGUGUACAUAUUGCUGCACAUGUUGCAUUUAUGACGAAAUUAUUUCACCCGAAUAUGAACGGCAGUGGAAGUAUUUUCCUAGACAUCCUUGAAGAGCAAGAGAGUUCUGCUCUUACCUUCUCUAAGGUUAUCCUUGAAGAGCAAGAGAGUUAUGCUCUUACCUUCUCUAAGCUGGCUAUGAAGCAAUUGCAGGUGAUGCUAUGGGAAAUUUGGAAGAAUGGGUUUGCUUCUAUGUUGCAGUACAAGGAAUUGUGCAGUUGA